CACAGUGACAGUGAGCGGGCGCAAGGGGGAGACAUUUUCCGUUCUUGCAUCUCUGCGCCUUCUGCUCCACGCGCCCUAGCAACUGCAGCAUCAGCGCGAGACGCACAGCGCUGCUGCAGCGUCACAGCACCCCGUAGGUUAUGUUAAGUUAGAAAGCAGAUGACCAGAAAUGCAUUCCUCUAUUUUAAGAAUAAAAACAAAAGUAUAUUUGUGGCGUUUACUGUGGUUUGGUAUCAGUUUAUUUGCCCCAGAAUUGUACUAGAGCGGUUGAUUCAUGUUUAAGCUGAUAAUCAAUAUUGAUUUUGUCUCUUGUCACCAGAGAAGAGGACAGCGCCGAUGUUUUAUUGUGAAAGGAAUAACCGGAAAUGCACAUGUACAAACUACCGUGAUUAGCUAUAUUGGUCCUCCCGUCGUGUCAACCGAGGCUAGCCCAGCAUCACCGUUACCCCUUCUAUAUCCUUCGUGUUGUUAUUAUGGUGUCUUUUUUAUUUAUCGAUAAUUUUGUUGUUUAUAUUCACGGUUUGCUGAAAUUAUUUAUCAGUCUAUAAAUGCAUGUUAGAGUUCGUUUUGAUUUUAUUUUAUUAUUUUACAAAACAUUGUGACUGUAGCUGCCUCGGCCAUCGUGCCGCAUCCCCGAGUAGAGAGAAAAAAAAUUUAUCCAUCCACGACGAGGACGUAAAAAAGGCAGACUGCAAGUACGACGGCGCCAAUUUCCACAAAAUUCAUGUGUCCACAAAAGCUGUUCCGUCUUUCAGUGUUAUGUUGUUAGCAAAAGAAGCUCUCCUCGCCUGUAGACGACCUCACCCCAGCUUCACUCGCCGCCUGUGUAGCAUCCUGACGCAGACACAAACAUCAGUGGAUACGGCGGGAUACGUAGGAGCCCUGUGCUCCUAGAGGUGCAGCAUCUCGUUGAAGCAGGCUACAUCUGUGACCUUCACCCUGUGACCUGUGACCUGUGACACUUCCUCCACCUCAUCCUCUCCCUCGUCGAGCUUCUCAUUCUCCUCCUGGUCUCCUGCUAUUGCGUCCAGCUGUGGCCCUCACAGGGCGCGAUCGCUGGCUCUCACCUGACAGGUCCCUGGCCUCAGGACGAAAGCCAGCACCAACACGUUUCCUACAUGAGGGACAAGGCCACACAGACCCCCAGGGUCUGGGCAGAUGAGAGAAGGAGGGGCUCUCACAAACGCUCAGCCUCCUGCGGGAGCACCGACCAGCUCAAAGAGAUUGCCAAACUGCGUCAGCAGCUUCAGCGCAGCAAGCGCAGCAGCCGACAUCGGAGGGAGAAAGAACGGAAGUCUCCGUUCAAUGCCAUCAUACAGUCACAGACGUCUAUGCCCAAGACUAUUCUAAUUCCUAUCCCUAUAUCCAAGUCUUCUGCCCCUCGUUUCCGCAACAGUGUUGAGGGUCUGAACCAGGAGAUAGAACGCAUCAUCAUCAGAGACACCCCAGAGAAGGAAGAGACCCUUGUGCCACAGGAUGUUCCAGAUGGCCACCGCGCCCCUCCACCCGUCCCGCCGCGACGCAGCAGUAGCACCCGCAGCAUUGACACGCAGACGCCAUCAGGUGGCGGCUUAAGCGGCAACCACAGCAACUGCAGCAGCCGCCCUGACUCCAUCUCACCCUCCUACCUCAGCGUCCUCAGUGACCUGGGGCACGGCAGCGGAGGAAGUCCCUAUGAGGACAAAGAGCUGAGCCCCUGCUCCCCACUGCCUAAGUACGCCGCCUCCCCCAGGCCAAACAACAGCUACAUGUUCAAGAGAGAACCACCAGAGGGCUGUGAGAAGGUCAAAGUGUUUGAAGACUCCAUAACGAAGCCUCUGCAGGAGGUCCCGCCCUUCCUGUGUCCCGACCGCAACAAAGUCAACUUCAUUCCUAACAGCGGCUCGGCCUUCUGCCUCGUCAGCAUCCUCAAGCCCUUACUCCCCGCCCCUGAGCUCAGUUAUCGCCCUGGCGUGGGACUGCGUAGCCUGUCCCCGUCCCUGGUGCCUCUGUCCACCCAGCCCUGCCUCCUGGAGGAGCCAGAGAGCUUCUGACGGCUCUUUCCAACCACCACAACUAAGUCAGCCUGCUCUGAAAUCACAAACAAUGGAAUCAAUGCUUCUGCUCCAAAAAUGCCUUCAGCAUGCCAGCUACUCUCUGAUCUGAGGUCUUUCUUUAGUUGACGAAGUGCUUCCCACUGCCUCUCCUCCUCCCGCAACACAUUUCACUGCUUUUUAUACACUUCCUGUUCCUGUGGAAGGGGGGGGAGGAAGGAUUUCAGAGGAGAAACUCUUUCAUUUCAGUCCAUCAAACCAUGGCACUGUUCCACAAACAUAUCUUUUUGUGUCUUUACAUCUCUUGUUAUAAGAAAUGCCUUGGAUGAUUACAAAUGGCUGCAGGUUUUCUUUCUGACCAACAGUUUGACCACUCUUUUGGUCACCGAGGCUCAUUUUGGUGCUGCCACAUGAACUGUAUAUAACAAUUGUAGCAAAUCUUAAAAGACCAAGAAGAAAAGUAAAAAAAAAAAAACGUGCCUGAUACUCUAGAUGGCUCAGUUUACUCCAAACCAGCAGAGGGCAGUGAUGAGCUCAGUACUCUGAUGGACAUAGAUACACACUAGAGAACAGGGCUCAUAGAGCAUAAGACAGGCACGUCCAUGUCCAAACUCUUCCUCAAAGGGCCGUGUGGCUGCAGGUGUUUGUUCCAACUAACCAAGGGCACACAGUUCGACCAAUCAGCUGUCGGAAGACUGAGAUCAAUUGAUUAAAUGGGUGGAGUCAGGUGUGCUGCUCCUGCUUGAUUGGUAUAAAAACCUGCAGCCACAGCGGCCCCUUGUGGACCAGUUUGGCCAGCCCUGGCAUAAGGGAACUGAUUCCAUGUAAAGCCACAUCCGGGAAAAGUCUUUGUGCCACACACAGCCAUUAUUUACAGGCUGGAGUGACCCAUUUAACUAGAGGAAAAUCUGGCCCGCAGAAUGCGUACCACAAAGCUGAAUCAAAACUGUUUCUUUUAUGGCUGAAACUGACCCAGAUACAAGCCCACAUCAGGCUUCUCAAAUCUGGGCCACACAUUGAGGUAAGGCCCAUAUACCUGUCUUAUAUGUGGGUUAUGUGAAAAGGACUUUGUUGCCUGUAACUGGGCAGAGCCACUAUACCAGAGGGCAAAUUUAGACCAAAUAUUUGUGCCCCUCAGGUGGCUAGUCUGGAUCCCCAGGAAACACAAUCCAGAUACAGCAUGUCUGCCUCUUCACAUCAACUGUAACUAUGUCCAUCUAGUCUGCCAGUCAGCUGGCAACAAGAGUUUGGACCUGAGGUGCUGCCCACAUUCUGGGUACCUGAUAUUGCAACAUUUGGCCACCAGAUGAAAAAGAAUACAGACACAGUCAAAACUUGGCCCACACCAAUUUAUCAGUCACUCAUCUUGAAACCAGAAACACAAACAUUUAAUUCACCAAAAUUGAGCCAAAUGAUGUGACCCAGUUAGUGGGUACCAAAUGUGGUACCGCCAAAGACACAUCAUGUACAUUUCUGUACGUUGAAAAUGUGAAUUAGUUUGUAUUAAAUUGGUGGUGAAUAUCUAAUAUUCAAUGGCCCGCAUCUGCAUUCACAGUCUGGCCAACACAAUCCUACCCACACAAUGUUGGGCCAAUGAAGUUCAAGAAAGAGGUCCAAAAGUUUGUUGUGGGAUGUAGCCCAUUAUUUAUGUGAGCCAAUCCUCUCGUUACCACAAAACAACAUUGUUUCACUUGGUCAAACAAUAUCCAUGAACUGUGAGCUUUAAAUGGCCCACAUCUGGGCCACUGGGAACGUGGGUCACACGUUCUACACGCCUAGCUACGCACUAGGCCCAAAAAAUAACCAGUUUGGGCGAAGCAAUCAGAUUAAGAAUUUGAAUCUUGUACACCUCAUGUGGGCCACUGGGUACCAGUAGUAUGGGCUACACGAGGCCUGUAAAUUUAACACAGAAUGUGAGCUAAUUAAAAGAGAUUGUGUGGCCCAUUUCUGGGCCAGUCUGUGUUUCUGUGUUACCAAAGCAGACAUCGGCCCACACUUUAGGGGCUUGUGUUUAAAUCCAACUUGUGAUGCGAUCCACUUUGUGGGCUGCUGAGGGCCUGUGAUUUUAGCUGCAGGUGGGACAGUAGAGACACCAUCUGAUAUGUACGACUGCUGGACUGGUACAGUAGACCAGCUGUUCCCCUGGAUUAUUGUUCUACUGGCGCCACCUGCUGCUGGCUUGUAGAGAAAUGUUUGGUGUGUGAGAGAUUAGGACAGAGUUGUGGUGUGUUAAAAGUGUGUGUGCUGCCUCUCCGUGCCCAGAUCCUGCCCCUCUGUACGUGUCAUCAGCACUCCACUCUGUGCCUGCCUCAGUGGGUCAGGAAUGUUUGGGGCUCUGUAAAUAUGGAGGUACACUGUGUUUGUAUAAUCAGCUGAUUAUAGCUUCCUGUUCGUUUCCUCUUCCUCUUAUACUACUGUGAAUACCUGCGUGUUAUUAUUGUGAAUGAUUACGUAUUUAUUGAUGUGGAAGCAGUGGGAUUGGUGGAGAAAUCUCAAAUGAAGGACACACGGUUUGGUGUACACCAGGCUGGGAAAUUAACUUAUUUAAACGUUUUCUUUCUUGAACAACGUGUCAUGGAAACAUUCAAGGGUUUUUUUUUUCCAAUUUGAGUCUAAUACUAUGUCUUUGACAUUUAGUUGUCUUUGGUUCUAGUCAUCCUGCUAAAUUUUGGCCCUAUAAUGAUUUCCUUCUUUGGCAUAUUGUUAUUUAUAUAUACUUUUUUCUACUUUGACCAGGCCACUGUCAUAGGAAGACCAGUGUUUUUAAAUCCUGAGUUAUUGAUUAAAAAAAUGACUGAUAA